AUGACAACAGUGAACCUCGCCAAGUAUUUCGGUAGGGUAGGUCUUAGGGACCUCCAGCCUCCUUACACAGCCGACCGAGAUACGCUCAAACGAGUGAUGGAAGCUCAGUCGAAAUCCAUCGCCUUCGAAAAUAUUGACGUUGUCCAAAAGAAGUCAAUAUCCAUGGACCUUGAAGAUGUCCAAAAGAAACUUGUGGAAGACGUCCGAGGAGGAUACUGCUUUGAGCAGAACACUCUACUAAAGGCCGUACUUGAAGAAAUGGGGUAUUCGGUGGAACCAUCAUUGUGUCGUGUCCGAUGGGGCAAGCAAGAUGAUUCCGCUGGUCCCAACACGACCUUUACCCACUUGGUUCUCAAAGUUUUCACCAAAGACGGAAUCUUUCUAGCUGAUGUUGGUUUUGCUGGUACUAAUAGUAUUGAGCCCGUCAGGAUGGACAUUGGCGGUGAGAACCAGGAGUUGCCAGAAGGACGUUUUCGCAUUGUCCCAUCCAAACACAAGGGAUUUUUUGUUUUGGAACUUCUGGUCAAGGGAGAAUGGAGACCACUCUAUGAAUGGAGGGAUGAAAAGGCGCCUUUGGUCGACCAAGAAUGCUGCAAUUGGUUUUCUUGUACCAACCCAAAAGGUCGAUUCACAUCACAGUUCUUUGUUUGCAAGAUCAUUGGCGAGGAGCGACAUCAUAUUUUGAAUGAUCAGUAUGUCAUUCGAAAGGGAUUCGGAGCAAACUCGCAAGUGACAACAGAUACAAUAAGCGACAAGGCUAGAUUGGAGACCCUUGUUUCGGAUGUGUUUGGAAUCAAGCUUGAGGAUACGAGUGGAAUCGAUCGUUUUCUUAGCUAG